AUGAAUCACAUGGAGCUGAUGAAGUGUGUGCUGCUGCUCGUGUUCGUGUCGAGUGUGUGUGAAGCAGUAGCCUUGCCAACCUGCCGGUGGGCACGCUACAAACAACUGAGCGAGAAGAGCAAGAACUUGCUGGAGCGUAUGGGUGGCCAGUUGCCACAGGAGUGUUUAGAGGGAAAAAACAGAUCCUUUCCUUCCUUUCCAAAGGACGUGUUCAUUAAAGCUCAGAAUGAAGACCUGGUCUUGGUGGCUCUUGAAACUCUGAGUGGAGUUAAAAACAUCUUUAAAAACAACCACACACUAGUGAAGUGGGAGAGCGACAGUCUGGCAUUCUUCAGGAGCCUUGUGUUUAGACAAGUGAUAAACCUGCAGGAAUGCGCAGGGAAAAAGGUCCAGACGUCGAUGGAGAAACCUGUGGACAGCAGCACUGCUACACUGAGGUCGUUUUUUGAAAAGCUGGAGGAGCGACUGAAAGAGAAGGAGUUCAGCUCGUGCGCCUGGGAGAUAGUGAGAACUGAGCUUCAGGGUGGCCUCGAGGCGCUUCAGACUGUUCUAGAGAGCAGGAACUAAAGAAGAACAAGAUGCAGUGUUCCUCACUUCAUCCGGAGCACGUUGUCUGUGAUUUGAAACAGUGAUUUAUUUAUUUUUAUUUAUCUAUCUAUCUAUCUAUUUAUUUAUUUAUUUAUUUAUUUGUGUAUUAUUUAUUAAAAACGAAAA